CGUCCUCCCCGGAGGGUCUGCGCAUGCGCGGGGGCCAUAUUCGCAGCGGCUACUCAGAGGCGCUGGUGAUUUUCCCCCGCGGAGUUCAGGGCUCCGUGGCCGUCCCAAGUCUUCAGGGUCUUCCCUCCGGAACUAGAUAAAGUUCAGAAAACAUGUCUCGAAGAUAUGACUCCAGGACCACUAUAUUUUCUCCAGAAGGUCGCUUGUACCAAGUCGAAUAUGCCAUGGAAGCGAUUGGACAUGCAGGCACCUGUUUGGGAAUUUUAGCAAAUGAUGGUGUUUUGCUUGCAGCAGAGAGACGCAACAUCCACAAGCUUCUUGAUGAAGUCUUUUUUUCUGAAAAAAUUUAUAAACUCAAUGAGGAUAUGGCUUGCAGUGUGGCAGGCAUAACUUCUGAUGCUAAUGUUCUGACUAACGAACUAAGGCUCAUUGCUCAAAGGUAUUUAUUACAGUAUCAGGAGCCAAUACCUUGUGAACAAUUGGUUACAGCACUGUGUGACAUCAAACAAGCUUAUACACAAUUUGGAGGCAAACGUCCCUUUGGUGUUUCAUUGCUCUACAUUGGCUGGGAUAAGCACUAUGGCUUUCAGCUCUAUCAGAGUGACCCCAGUGGAAAUUACGGUGGAUGGAAGGCCACGUGCAUUGGAAAUAAUAGUGCUGCGGCUGUGUCAAUGUUGAAACAAGACUACAAAGAAGGAGAAAUGACGUUGAAGUCAGCACUGGCUUUAGCUAUCAAAGUGCUAAAUAAGACCAUGGAUGUUAGUAAACUGUCUGCUGAGAAAGUGGAAAUUGCAACACUAACAAGAGAGAAUGGAAAGACGGUAAUCAGAGUUCUCAAACAGAAAGAAGUGGAACAGUUGAUCAAAAAGCAUGAGGAAGAAGAAGCUAAAGCCGAGCGUGAGAAGAAAGAAAAGGAACAGAAAGAAAAGGACAGAUAGACCCCGUCAGGUUCGGUCACUCACUUGGGGCACCGUUUCAGUGUGAAAGCUGUCCUGCUCUUCCACACGAGGAGGCUUUGCCUUUCUCUAAACUGGUGCAGUGGGAAAACGGGACGUUACAUGCUGAAUCGGGUCCUCGUCAUUUCUGUUCAGUCGAACACUUUACUGUCAUUGAUGAGGGUUACUUUCCGUGGACAUCUGCAUCUUCCACACACACCCCCUUUUUUGGAAUAAAAUUGGGAAAAUGGAAAUGAAGGAAUAAA